AUGUCGCACAUCACAGAACAUCCAUCUCGGGCAAAGAGAAGAAAGAUUGACGAUCCUAAGCCAGAGAAGCCGACUGUCACGUCCAAUAUCAAAUCUGCUGCUUCAUUGCGCGAAUUGUUGGCUGUCCAGCAAAAUGCCCCGUUGGCAAAGCAAGGUAUAAUCAAAUUUAAAGAGUUCUUGCUGUCAAUUGCACACACCGAAAAGGAGAGCGACAAAGCAGAGAAAUUGCGUGUCCUCAAGGAAUAUUGCGAUAAGCAAAUCACCAACUCCGGAAAAGAGGAUGAGACCUCAGUGUGCUUUGCGGACAUCAUCCAAUCUUGGUCAUUUGGCGAUGGCAAUAACAAUGAGCCUUUAUUGACCAGUGUGCCUUCUGUUCUUGCGAUCUUCCUCAAGACGAUUUCAUCAGAACUAGAGUUCCGGGAAUUCGGAAUCGCUCUGUGCAAGCAUUUGCUGCAGAAAGACCAGCUGAGGUUGUUCAACCGCGGCUUGACAGCAACCAAGUCUAAAGAGCACUUGAUCUCACCAUGUCUGCGUUUGCUUACGGAGAUUGUGACUUUUGACGGAGGAGCAGUGGCACGACAGCUGUACCUCCGGCGGUACAUUACCUUCAAGCGACUGGAGGUCUUCUUGACCCCUAAUAAAGCACAGGAGAUCUCAGAGGAUGAGUCCCAGAAGUCGACUCUUAGACGCAACGCUCAGCGAUACCUGCUAGCGAACCUGAGAGUUCAGCAUGUCUCCGAGAAGGAUGAUAUCAUCGAACAGCACAAGAUCACCAGGUCUUUCCUCGAAUAUAUCCGGAAGGAUCCGCGCGAUACUGUACUAGAAAUUAUCAAGGCGAUCGAGAGGGACGUGGUACAAGAUUCCGCUGUAUCCCGCAAAUCGAAGAGCAAGUUUUUCAACAGACACAACCUGGAACGACUAGUGACGCUUUAUGGCUAUGAUCGAGAGUCAGAUGAACCUAAUGCUGGGGGAGUUGUCAUCGCCAAUGAGAUCCACCGAGUCAUGAUGAAUGUGUGCAAAACCGCCGGGCUCGGCGUUCUCUUGCCCGAGACUGGCUGGUAUCCCGUCGGCACCGAUCCAGAGACCUUGGCUGUUGAUGAUGAUGCAUGCAUUGAAUUGGGCCUUGAUUCCCCCAUCUACGUCGACAAAUACCGAGACUCUGUCCCCGUGCGGAAUGGUUCCCUUUCAUUCCUCAUUCAGUGCCUUCGGCCUGAUGUGGAUAGUCUCCAGAUUGAACUUCUUGUUUCAAUCUUCAGGGUUGCACCAGAGCUGGUUGCCGAUUACUUCUCGAGGAAAACUAUGUUUAUUUCAGAUCCCAAGGCUACCCCUUCAUGGAUGGCCGAGUCGGCUUUCCUUUUCUCAACUGUGCAGUUGCCUGUCCCUGCAAAUUGUGGCUGGAAGGAUAAGCAGCCCAUCCUGCCACCGCCGAUUUCUAUCGUUAUUGAAAAUAUUCUCCCUCGCCCCCUUGGCCAGAAGAUCAUGACCCGCUGCCUCAACCAGAACGCGGAGAUUAUCACUCUGUUUGCUGUGCGAAUCCUGACUCUUGCGUUCACGAAGCUGCGAGCUGUCCUCAAAAUCUUCCAGGCGGAUCAUGGCCAAGGUCAGCUAUUCUGGAAUCAGGCCUCUGCUAAGUUGCUGGCAGAGUUCUCCCGCCGCUGCCCUGCUGUCAAGGACGUCGUUGUGCUCUUCCGAAGAACAGAAAAGGAGGACCUGACCCAGCAGGAGGCUGUUGCAGAGCUCUUGACCUGUUACUAUGAAGUGAUGCCGGACAUUGCGCUGGAGGAAAACUUUGACGUCUCACUUGUAUUGGUGGAUGUUCUAAAGCGACUGGAAGCCCCAGAAGUUAGCGCGGAUGAUUCCGAAUCGCUUUUGAGCCAACUUCAGAGCAUCCUCCAGAUCGCACAACAGUCCGCUUCAUUGCGUUGGUGGCAAAAGCCAGCAUCCAUGCAAUAUUCACCCUUCACCUCGAUUCUCAAGGUUCUCAUGGAUACUUCAGAUAAGGAUUCUUCGCGGCGUAUCUCUACCCUGCUCAAGACCGUUCUGGUUGAUAACUCUGUUCUGCAAAGCUCCCCACACGCAUUUGCGUCUGUCUUGUCAAGCCUUGAGAAUUCCCAAGCUGAUGCUUUGCACCAACAGCUGGUCUUCUUUGAUAACUGUGUCUCACGUGUUGCUAAAAAGCCCGUUCACUACCAGGAUUUACUCCAGUCAUUAUCCGAGGAUAUGUCCAGAACUACUAGCGCGCUUGUUACUGCCAUUGUUGAGCAAUGGCCAUUUGUCGUCAAGAGCGGAGAUGCAUCCACGGAAGCUGCCGUUGGAGCCUGGAUCGCCAGUCUCCUGGGUAAUCUGAAGCAGGCAGGUGAGAGCACCAAGGUACUCAAAGCUGCUCGGGAUGCGCUGGUUGAAGCAACCGAGACCAAGAAAACCAAGUCUCUUCUUAAGAAGUCCCUGAAAGAGGCAGAUGAUGCCGACAAUGAGGACAAGAUGGACAUUGACUCUGGCUCUAACAUGCCUAGUUCAUCCAACAAAGCCUCUGCCGUUGACCUCGAUGAGAUCUUUGGAUCCCUGCCCACCGAAGGCACGACCCACAAUGCUCUGAACAAAUGGGAAAGAGAGGACAUUGCGGAAGCAGUGGACCAGGGUCACGUCGCCGAAUUGAUGCUCUGCCUUUGUUCUCAGCACGAAGAAGUCCGAAGACAGGCCUUCGCCAACAUUAUUCGCUUCAUGGCCAAACUCAAGGAAUCCACCUACGCUGAAUGGCGCACGGUGUUUACUCUAGCCGGUGAGCUCCUCGAGACAGUCAACAACAUCGGCAUGGAGAAGCCCGUUCCUUGGAUUGUUGGCGAGUGCGCCUCGAACUGCUUGGAGGUUCUCACAGACCCUCUCCACAAGGUUUACGGCAAAGUCAACAAGUUCCUGCAGAAGGCACCAUUCUGGGAAGUCGAGAAGAUCCCAACAUACUGGGUCGACAAAAUCCUCUUGCACGAGCCUGAGUUGGAUGAUGGGUAUUUCGAUGAGAUCGACUGGCUUCUGAACCUGUUUAUCAAGGCACUCCGCACCGAAGCUGAUAUGGAGGUUUACCGACGAGCCAAUGUCUUCGAACGCAUUCUUUCCCUCUACCAGUCCCCAACCCUCGGCCCAGCAGCUCGACGAAAGAUCCUGCAUAUUGUGUACCGCGCCGCCCAGGUCGGUGGCAGUACUACCCUGAUCACCCGUUCUGGUGUCAUCAGUUGGAUCCAGAUCCAAGCUGCAGAGGCUGAUACGAAGGAGGCUGCUCAGCUUGCGGCACUUGCGCGUGCUUUGUAUGAGAAUUGUGACCGGGAGCGGGUUGAUGGCUGGAGUAAUGGGACUCUUGGGCGGGUCGUUGAUGAGAUUCAGGCGCAGGUUUGAGGUAUUGGAAUUUGUACAAUAGCAGAUUGGAUCAUUGGCGUUCUUGCCUUUCUGGUCAUAUGUAGUUAGCCAAAAUUAACCCUG